UUCAUUCAUCCAAGUUGGGGGUGUAGGCCACUCAGUCAAAGACAAUCAAACAUGUUUGAGUUUCCAUGCGCGGUGACCAGGGAGGUAAAGAGCUGAGUAACAUUACCCCUCCUCCAGCCUCAGCUCUACAGGGUGUUUUUUUUUUUUUUUUUUUAAAUUCUCAUUCGAUCACAAGAAUCGUUUCUGUUUAAAAAACGAAACGAAUUGGUCAUGCGAUGUGAUUUAUUUCUGCCGGAGGAAAAAAGGAAAAACUAGAUAAGACCUGUUGGCGAUGAUGGAUUACUCGAAGGCGCAAAUGUCAAGCUUGUCAGAGGAGGGCAGUUCAGCUGGGAGUCCACAAUUCAGUCCUGCAGGAGUGAAGCUGGAGGCCAUGAUGGAGCAGCUACAGCGACAACAAGGGGCCAAACUGGAGAUGAACCUGCAGGAGAAACAUCUUCUGCAGGCCCAGCUCCUGUUCGCUCAACAUGCUGCUGCUGCUGCAGCCAGGGCCUCCGGAUCCAGACUAGAUGCAGCCUUAUUCGGCAAAGCCGAUGGACAGACUUACCAAGCAGCUCAACAAGCUUUCAACCACCAUCUCAGCGGAACCACUCCAGAUGGCGAAGAUGAAAACUCAGAUGAGGAGGAGCAGGAAAUGGUGGAGCACGAGGAGAAUGAUGAUGUGGACGAAGACUCUGAGGAUGAGGAGGAGGAGGAGGAGGAGGAGAAGAACGGGCCUCUCCAGCAGGCAAAGAAGGCCAGACUCCAGCAGGCUCCAGGCUUCCCCUUCCCUCCUUAUUCUACACCUCAGACUUGUGCUGUGAAGUCUGAAUCUCCUCCUUCAGCCAUAAAACAGGAGCAUGAAGAGAAGGAGGUGAUGUCUCCCACAGGCCAUCAAGCCUUCUCAUCACCCAGCGGCAUCUCAGACUGGAGCUUUGAAGAAUCUUUCAAACAAAGAGGGGGUGCCGCCUGGCCUGAGGACAAUGAUGUAGGAAAAAUAAGAGGAGAGCCAUCCAGGGACUUUGCCAAGCUCUAUGAACUAGAUAACGACCCACAAAGGAAGGAGUUUCUUGAUCAACUCUUUGUCUUCAUGCAAAAACGAGGAACUCCUGUGAACCGCAUUCCCAUCAUGGCCAAGCAGGUGCUGGACCUGUACCGGCUUUAUAAGCUCGUGACAGAGAAGGGAGGCCUGGUGGAGGUUAUUAACAAGAAGAUCUGGAGGGAGAUCACCAAAGGACUCAACCUCCCCACAUCCAUCACCAGUGCAGCCUUCACCCUCCGCACCCAGUAUAUGAAGUACCUCUACUCAUUCGAGUGUGAGAAGAAGGGCCUGAGUUCUCCAGGUGAGCUGCAGGCCGCCAUCGACAGUAAUAGAAGAGAAGGCCGACGUCCCAGCUACACUACGAGCCUGUAUCGCUAUACCCCCUCCCCAAGCUCUGCCCCACACCCCCUCCUCUCCACACCCCCCAUGCAGACCACCCCGACUGGGCACAAUGGCCUGACGGGGUCUGCUAGCCCAAUCCUGAAGAGACACACAGAUGAGACCUCGACUCCUGUCUUACCCAGCCGGCUGCCCAUGGCUCUGGCACUGCAUCAGCAGCAGCAGCAGCAGCUGGCUCAAGCUGCUGCGAUGGAGCAUUUGAAAGAGAGGAGGGAGCGAGCGGCAGCUGACGGUCCAGAGAAGAAGAUGAUGCAGUUGGCAGAGGAGCAGCAGCGCCUCAUGCAGCAGGCUCUCCAACAAAACCUGCUGGCUUUUGCCUCCCAGUUCAACCCCAUGAACCUCAAACUCAACAAUGGCCAUGAAAGCAAACAGGAUUUAUCUCUGAGUAUCUCCACUAAUGGAGCAGCCAGUAUCAGUGUUUCAGUGGAGGUCAAUGGCACUAUUUACUCCGGAAAGCUGUUUGCCCAGAAGUCGGCUUCUCCCGUGGUGUCUCAGGCUGUAACUAUGGCAGGAACCAGCGGCUUCAGUGCCCUCUCCUCCUCUCAUAGUCCAUUGUCUUCAUCAUCCACCUCUUCAAAGGGACCAAAUUAGGACUCCUUGGUGUUUAGAUUGGUUCUGAGCAAAAAUGAAAACACAAUAUACCUCUCAUGUCAGAAAGUACUGUAUGAAGUCUUUGGAAAACCAACCGCAAUUUAUUUUUUCUAACAUUACCUCAGCUGUGUAGUAUGCCUAAAUGGACUCCUCAGAAGUUUCCUAAUUGACUGUAAUGUCGUUUCAGAUUUCGAGUAACCCGUAGUGCCUGUUGGCAGCAGAAAUGUAGAGGCAUUCAUGUAUAAAGGGCUUUACAGAGUUUGUCCAAAAGUGUCUUCAAAAGGGGAAGUGCUCAAUGACGACCAAUACUUAGCCCCUUCUGUUGUCACUUACAUUUAUCAUUAUUUACAGUAGCUUCCUUUUUUAAUAGUAGAACAACAAUGUUGCCAAAGUGCAGCUGACAAGACCAAAAAGCCUUAGCUUAGUGUCACAGUUCAUGUCUGUGACCAGUUUGGAAGGAUUUUGUACUUCUCUUGGUAAUCGUUUGAGUUAAAGCUCGUAGUUUAAACUUUUCCCCGCAUUACAAUCAAACUGAACUAAAAAAAAUAUAUAUGUUAGAAGGCUUGUUAGAUUUUUUUAUGUUUUGCAUUGUUUUAUUUUACAUUUUUAUUUAAUCAUUUUCAGGAUUACAAAACAUUUAUCAUGAAAGCUGUGAUUCAAAGGCAAAAUGUGAGCAACGUAGUUUAUCUAGAAUAUAAGUGAUACAAAUUUACCUCAAUACACUUUACAAAGUGGCAAGAUUUUUUUUUCACUCAGGAAAGACUCAUCACUGUUAUAUUAGAGCUCGUAAAAUAAUGCUGUGUUGUGUUUCUGUAAACACAGAGAAUGUACCGUUAAUGACCUCAAGCAUUUGACACACUGAAACAGUGCUACCUCACUUUUCUUGAGAAUAUGCAAUACUUAAUGCAGCAUGUGUUUAUGAAGCCUUCUGUUGAAAUAUACUGUAUGUGGACAAUCAAGAAGACAUAUCAUUGAAAACAUGUCUUGGUAUUUGACUGGCAUAUUUCUUGGACAUGUGGCCAUGAGAAAUAAACAAAUCUUGUGUUGAGUA